CGAUGGUGGAAGGUUUGAAAUUUGAGUGCGAUCCAUUCCUUUGUUUGAAUGUGCCUACCAUCAGAAGGAGCAUCUGCUGUCCGUGAAAAGAGAGUCUACAACACGUGCACAAUCUAUAGAGAUAGGGAGUGGGCCCUUGAUUGGGUGGGGGGGCUACACGAGGCGGGAUGUGGGGCCGCUGUGUUUCUGAAGAACGUCUCGGGUGACGACUGGUUCUGUGUUGGAGGGAUUAUUAAAUCCGAGGAUGAGAGGGUGGACGGGCACGAACGGAAGUUCAGAAGCUUUUACCUCACAACGGUGUUCGACGAACAAGGAGUGGACCAUGCGAAGGCCGACCGUAAAGUAAGCCUUGAUUACAAUCUGUUCAAGGGGUAUGGCGCCAUCGACACAACACGGUGCUUCUUCUUGGAGUUCGAUGAAGAUGGGUUUGCAAAGAAGAAAAGGGAACACAUUGAAGUGGAAGUCACGAAGAUCUUGCCAAUCCCUGAAGGUGACAUCCUCUUCAACCAUAGAACGUUGGACGAAAUGUUGGUGCAGUCCAUAUAUGAUGCGAUCCAUCAUGCGGCCAAGGAAAUCAACGGGAAGUGGGAUUUCAUGACUUUCAUCCUGGCUCCCAUUGUGCCUAACACGGACGGGUCUCAAGGCAGACGGAUCACACCAGAGCAGUUCGACGUCGAACUGGCUCAUACAUACAACUGGUAUGCUGUUCCUGGCCAGCACACGGCUGAGGCAAUGAACAGACUCAUUAAAGACAAGUCACCGGCCGAGAAAAUGUAUGGCUUGAGGUUAUACUCUCACGUACGUGUUGUCUACUUUGAUGAUGACAGAAAGAGAGGAUAUCUGUACGUCUCGGCGUUCGACAACACAAGGGAGGAGCGUUCGAUCCCGAGAUCGUUUUUGUCAUCUGUGCGCCAAAUUAGAACAUUUUGGGAUAAGAAAAAUGGCCGGAUCCGUUCGCCAGGGACCGUGUCCCCGAAUGACGUCGAGGGAAUGAAACGGAAAAAGAAAUGGGAAGAGUUCAUGAACGCCCCCUGCAAAAUGACACCUGAUUCCGGUCUCAUGAACUCGUCCCUGGAGAAUGACUACUGCAAGGAUUGGACGAAGAAGAUGCGCGGAUACAUAAAUCUUGCGCAAUGCGGCGAAACAGUAUGGCCUCUAGUACAGAAAUUCUUCGACAUGUACGAGAAGGGGCUAUUGCCGCGAGUCGACGCUGUGAGAUACAUCGACCUGCCGGGGAAAGUGGAAGGGAGGCUGUCUGGGCAAUACUUCCUCAAGGACAACUCCGGCAAAAAAGUCUUGUUCCAGUGCAUCAAGGCCAGGAAGGGGCCACAAGGCGCAACAGUGUCUAUACCUGACUUGACGCCGACAAUCUUCAAGUUGUUUGGCGAUAUGACAGCGAGAGAGAAGCAAGUGGCGCUUCACCACAUGAUGCGUGUUGAUGUCAUCGUGACAUCACGUUCGGUACCUCGUGGCAGAUGCAGCAUGACAGACCUGGUUAAAUAUACUUGGCGUGAAAGAUAUAUGGUCCGUAUGUUCAACUACAUAUUGUUCAAGGUCGAGGGGAGGUCAAAAGAAGAGUGGAGCGCUGACUUUUUCAUCGGUUAUACGACCAUCUUGGAGAGGUACAACAAAAACGGCCUGAUGGACGAGAAAUGGACCGAGGAAUGCGACCGCAUCCCUAACGACAAGGCGAGGAAGAAGCCGAGGCGUUUGGGCGGUCCUGAUGAGAUUAAUGGUGAGAACGGUGCGGGACUGGAGGCAACCCAAGGCAUGUACAAGGAAACCCCGUUCCACCUCAAGUGUUUCAUCUACGAGGUUGAUCGACUGCUUGGACGACCUGAGAGCGGAGGUGGAAACUUGGCAAUGCAGGCAUCAGGCGACGGGAACGGGUUACUACUCCUUUGGUGGGUGGAAAGGGCGGAGAGUGGCAGUCACAGGGAGGUGAGAUUCAGAAGAAGGGAAGGGGGUAGACCCGGCUCAGCUUCUUCAUCUUCAUCAGGUUCGAGAGUCCAGAUGGGUAGUGAGCCAGUGGGGGACGGACUGUCGCGCUUGGGACCAGUUGGUCCAGAUGGUUUACAGCGUGAGCGCUCAGAAGCAUCACGGGGAACUCUGCAGGCGCCAGAGGAGGAGAGUAGGACACUAGAAGCAAGAGGGAAUACAGGGACUAGCACAGUGGAGUGGGCACUCGUGACAGUAUACGCCCCUGCCGAUCCAUCUUCAAGAGAACUCUUCUUCAGGAACCUCAUACCUGUUAUACCAACAGAUUCAUGUCUGGUAAUAAUGGGAGACUGGAACAUAUCAUUGGACGAAGCUUUGAAGGAGGGCUCUCGCACUGCAGGCAGGAAGGAUACAGCAGCACUAUUUAACCUGAUGCAAGAGCUGGAACUUUCAGAUCCGUACCGCUCGCUCAAUCCGGCGGAGGAUGGGUUUAACUGGUUUUUGAACAUUCGUCGUGACCUAGGAGAGGUCACACGCAGACGCCUGGAUUAUCUGCUAGCAAGUGCGGAGCUAGUCCAAGGGGGGACCUCCAUUAGCCCUGUUCCUCACCCAUUGUCUGAUCACCGCCCCGUGGUAGCGGACUUGGUGCUGAGCCCGCUGCUGCAACGGGGCAAGGGCUACUUCAAGUUAAAUUCCCUCAAUCUGGAGGAGCCAGGGCUGAGAAAGUGGGUGGAGGAAUUCAUGCGGGACUGGCAAUCUGCAAAGGCCUCCUUCGACUCGGCGGCGGACUGGCUAGACAGCGGUAUAGCAAUCAUCUCAGGUAUCAUGGAUGUAAGUUCCAGGAUACUCGCAAGGGACAGGAACAGAGAGGAUGCGACCUGUAGGCAGAGAGUUGAGGAGGCAGAGAACAGAAUAGGGGUUCACCCUAUAUCAGAUCUCUUCUGGACUGCUGAGAGAGAGCGCCGCAUGUCAGAAUGGGAAGCACUUCAGGUGGCAAAUCAGGUCAGGUGGGAGGAGAACCUAAAGCUAAAAGGAAUCAUAGUGAACGACAAGCUCAUGAAGGAGACAUUCAGGAAGCUGUUGCCCAGCAGUUCUUUCCACCAGGUAGUGGAGCUGAAUCACCCGUUCGAUUCAAGUCCACCAGCUGCAAUCACGGCAAGGGAGUUGGUGGAGUAUGCCCGCGUGUACUAUGCGGACAUGCUAACCUCGAGGAGACAAGGGGAUACCACGGAAACAGAUUUAUCACAAGAGCUGGAUAUGUGGGCGGACACCAAGGUCCAUUUAACAACAGAGGAGAGGUUAGCGCUGGAUAGACCGGUCACAUUGGAAGAGUUGAAGCACACCUUGACCCAGAUGGCUGCCGGGAAGUGCCCAGGAGUGGACGGCCUGACGGUGGAAUUUUACAAGGCCUGCUGGGAAGCGGUGGGGCCCGCUCUUGUGGAGGUGUACAAUGAGGUAUUGACAGGGGGCAGGCUAGGCAGCGGUAUGACGCAUGGGGUGAUAUCCCUCAUGUUCAAGAAAGGGGACAAGGCCAAUGUGCGCAACUAUAGACCGAUAUCUGUGCUAAACAUGACCUACAAAGUUCUAGCAAAGACAAUGGUCAUUAGGUUAGGUAGGGUGCUCCCGCGAUUGGUGGAGAAGGACCAAGGGGCCUUUGUCCAGGGGCGGUCCAUUUUCUUCAAUAUCCUGACAGCAAUAGAGUCGAUGGAGAUUGUACAAUCGGAGCAUAGGGAUGUCGCUAUUCUGCUGUUGGACUUGGAAAGGCCUACGAUAGAGUAGGGUGGUCAUUUGUGUUGACCACCUUGAGGAAGUUGGGUUUUGGUCAAGGGUUCUAUCGCUGGCUUAUUGCAAUGUACACGGUCGCAACCUCCUCUGUCGCGGUCAACGGGCACCUGUCCCGGCCUUUCACCUGACCCGCUCUCUUCGUCAAGGUUGCCCUCUUGCCCCCCUCCUCUUCAUGUUGCAAUUAGAGAUCCCCCUGAACCGCAUCCGUAAUAACCCAGUAAUCUGCGGUAUCCGCCUUACGGAAGAAAGGGAGUUGAAGGUCAAGGCUUUAGCUGAUGACCUCUUCGUAGUCACUGAGAACUCCAUACCCUCCUUAAGUGCUCUCAAGGAAGUGCUGAUGGAGUACUCGCAGCUGUCGGAGGCCCUGGUGAACUGGAACAAAUCAGUUUACCUCUU